UUGGGAAUACUAUGGGCGAAUGUGGCAACCAAAACAAUCUGGUUACGAAGCUUAGUGUUGUUGUUGGAACCGAAAUUAUCUACAUUCAUUGAUUCGCUAGUGGAUACAACCAGUGGUUUACUGAUUAUGUUGAGUACAUGGGCGAUUAAAAACACGGAUACGUUCAAGUAUCCUCGAGGAAGAGCACGCCUUGAGCUGGUCGCCGCGUUAAUGUGCUCAACAAUUAUGGGAGUUGCAAACAUUAUGAUGAUCAUUCAAUCGGUCGAAUCGGUGGAUCCGAGCGCAAAUCUGCCAACAAUAUCGCUGAUUGUUGGUGGAUGUUUAGCGAAAAUUAUUCUUUUGACGGUCUGCUACCGACAUGGCACACCAAGCAGCCGUAUUUUGGCAUUAGAUCAACGAAAUGAUAUUUUAACAAGUGUUGUGGCGUUAAGUUGUGCAUUCAUCGGUGAUUAUUAUUGGGUAUAUGCUGAUCCGAUUGGAGCGAUCUGCGUGUGUACGUUCAUCGCAAUCUCGUGGUUCCACAAUGCGUUGAAUCAUAUUCCAAUGAUGGUCGGACGACGUGCACAACAAGAGUAUUUGUCGCGAAUAAUGCGUAUCUGCAUUAAACACGAUUCGCACAUCAAAUGUCUCGACCACGUGAUGGUCUACCAUACUGGAGCUGAGGCGAUUGUUGAGGUGCACAUUGUGCUCGACGAGCAUUUACCGUUGCGUAUUGCACACGACAUCAUUGAAUCGCUCACCAAAACACUCACAAUGCUACCGUUCGUUGAACGUGCAUUUGUACACGGCGAUUAUCGAUGCGAUGGAGAUUGGCAAAUUUAA